AUGGCUGUGGAACCCCCUCCCCAAGGAUAUGAAAGUGAUGAUGACCCUUUGGAAGUAUUGGAUUUAACUCAGUAUGCAAGAAGACACGGUUGGCAGAAUCAAGUGUUUGGCUACAGUUCCAGACCUAGGGUAGAAAAAUACUCAGUAGCCACCCAGAUUGCAGUGGGUAGAAUGACUGGCUGGUAUGCAGAAGUUUUGUUCCAGAAAGUUGGAAAACUUGCAGCAACUGUGGUAGGUGGUGGCUUUCUUCUUCUUCAGAUUGCCCAUCACGGUGGCUAUGUGCGGACUGACACAAAGAGAGUUGAAAAAGAUGUAAACAAAGCAAAAAGAAAGAUUCAGAAACAAGCAAAUAGGGCAGUACCUGAAAUCAACAAUAUAACUGAAGACGCAACAGAAUUUAUCAAACAGAAUAUUGUGAUGUCCAGUGGAUCUGUGGGAGGCUUGCUGCUAGGCCUUGCAUCUUAA